CUGUCAACCGGAAUUGACUGGCAGCUCAAUUCAAUCAAUCACCUCACAAACCGAAGCCCGCCCAACGCGACAGCAAACGACGAGCCCGCCCGCACGAGGGACGAUACGACAGUAGCGACAUUCGAGACCAGCGAGCGACAUUCAUAUUUGCCCAGCAUGCCUCAGGAUAUGCCCCCUCGGGGCGGGUAUGAGCCCGUCCAGUACAAGCGAAACCUCCCCGCGAAGGGUUUCCGUCCUGGUAUCCUCCUCCUCGGAAUGGGCGCUGUUAUGGGCUAUGGCUGGUAUAAGCUGAUCGGCGGCAUGCGCGAGGCAAACGAACUCGGCCGUGAAAAGAUGUGGGCUCGCAUCAACCUCAUUCCCCUUCUCCAAGCCGAAGAGGACCGCGAUCAAGUCCGUCGAUACCUGGCCGACCAGAAGCGCGAGAAGGAGUUGCUUGGUGACAAUGCCAAGGUUUACAACAGCGACCGAUUCGUGAGGCCGACUUUCGCUGUUACACCCCCUCCUACUACAAACUAAACUGUGGAAAGACGCAAGCUUGUAUAUAUGUUUUUAACAAAGUGGUUUUACCUAGAAUUGAAAGGACUACUAGGAA